AAUUAUAAUUACUAUAAUUUAAACAAAUUUUAGUAUUGAAAACAAUGACAACACUAUCGCUGCUGAAGAAUAGGUCAGAGUUCGGAUCACUGAAGAUCAGACCACUGUUUGACCGAAAAGUGAAUCCCAAUCCACACCACGAAUGGGUGUCACAAGAGUUGAUCCAAUGGUCCAAAGGGUUCGCCGAUCAAAAUCAACGUUUCGACGAAAUGUCGGUUUUGUUUGCAAGUUAUAUGUAUAGCGGUUGCCAACAGAGGGACCGGAUGUUAGCCAUGUGCAAAUUUUCAAGUUUUACUAUGUAUUUGGAUUAUGCGGCUGAAAGUGCUCGUAGAGAACGGUCGGCACUUCUUAUGGUUGAACUGAUUGAGAAACUGUUGACCACUGUAUUGACCGGACGUACGGACAACGACUUUGUUUUAGGCCGCCGAUUAUUGGAUACAAUGGAAGCGGUGGAUGUGUUUAUGACCAGAGAUCAGAUGAGACAAUUGAGGGACAAUUUAAACGUAUGGUUUGAAAGCCAACGGGAAGUGCAUUGCGAUUAUUGGCUACAAAAUCGGUUCAUACCAUACAAUCAGUACUACAACAUCAGAAGCAAAGAAUCGGGGUGGCUAUUGUUCAGAUUGUUGGCUGACAUCUGUGCGGAAUAUACGCCCCCGGAAUCGGUGCUCAGGUCUCCACCAAUGGCUGCAUUCCGGACGUCGACAACACGACUGGCCCUCGCGAUCGACGACUAUUUGAUAUUUAUGACCAAAAUGGCCGCCAAUGACAUCACCAGUGGUGUCAUGUCUUACGCCUCGACCGAGAAAUGCAGUCUUCAGACGGCACUCGACUCACAGUUUCAGCUCAUUAAGGACUUGGAGGCCGAGUGUCAGUCCCUCUCCACCACUAUAGCCACCGAAUCAGGUCCAGAGUUUCAGACACCGGCACUCAUGGCAUAUGUGAAUACACUGUUUGAUAUGUCUUAUGGCGAGUAUUCAGGCAUUGAAGUGAUUUACGCGUACGAAGUGAGGGAUGGAGUGAUUUGGUGUCCAAAAUGGGAUCAACUGAAACGACAGCUCUUGGAUGACAAUAAGGAUUUGUCUGUCAAUUGUUUUAAUAUUUGA